GACAAACGAAGAUGGAACCCAUCACCUCCCCGAGCAAAGAAGAGAUCCUUGCGCUCCUAAAGCAGGCUGAAAGAGAGCGACAGCAGGCUAUCGAACGCGCGGAAAAUGCAGAAAAACAGAGCCAGAAAACAACAUUUGCAGAAUACCUGCAAGCCUGUCAUCAGUUGAUCACAAAGCCCUUGACAAUCCAGAGCGACCAAAAACUCACAACAAAGGGUUCCAUCACCAGUCCAACUGGUCGUGUAUGCCCUGAUGUCCUUCGACCUUUCGAUUUUCGCGCGAUACAGCAGGAAGUCUUCGAUGAGAUCUAUCAAGCCUUCCAUUCUCCCUCACCCUUGCGAUCGUUUCCUUCGUUGCCUAUUCUCGAAGAUAGAGGGAAACAAGCAUGCGAGCGUGCGUUAGCAAGUGAGGCGGAUUUGGCAAGACAUCAAGAGGCAGAAGUGGAAACCCCUGUGAAAGAAAUCAUCGAGCAGCUUCUGCGGGCUCCUGAAGGUCGGCUUUCACUUCCGCUUGGCGAAGGAAUUGCGUUCGAGAACCACUCAAAUACCAUCACGGAGAAUCCAGAGCAGGCGAACUCCCAACAGCCCACAACAACUCCAGAGCCAGUGAAAUCAGCGCGGCCUCCAACCGAUCGAAACUGCGUGUUUUUGAAAACGGGCGAUCAUCGGAGCUUACUGUAUAUCAUUGAACAUAAAGCUGCCCACAAACUCACCGAUGCUUUCCUCCGAGCGGGUCUUAGGCCAAUGAAUGUGGUGGAGGAAGUCGUCCAGCGAGUGACGAUACCAACAGACGCCGAUGAAAAACUUCUCUAUGAAUCCGCCUUCUUAUCAGCUGCGGCGGCUACGCAAACCUAUGAAUACAUGAUGAAGGCAGGUCUCGAAUGGGGCAUGCUAACAAAUGGUCGCAUGAAAGUUAUCCUUCGGAUUCCGGAAGAUGAUCCCAAAACACUGGAGUACGACCUUCUCGAACCAGGGAGAGAUGCUGAGCCAAACCCUCUUGAUGACCGUGGCUUUCGUUUCCCUUAUACAGCCGUUUCCUACCAGUUGGGAUUAACUUUGAUAGCCCUUCGAUCACCGCAACGCAGCCAAACAUGGCGGAAUCAAGUCAUGAACAAACUGAGUAAGUGGGAAGUCGACUUCGAGCUUGCACUCAGGUCUAUUCCAGAAUCAGAACGCAAGAUAAGCCCACCAGGCUCAGAAUACAAAGAACCCAUUUAUCCUAUCGACAAUCAUUCUUCGGGCGAAUCAGAUACAGAUCACAAGCGUCUCCUUUCUUCGCCUAUUGUGGAUCGAAGCAAACGCCAGCGGACAUCAAAACCCCUUCCUCGCAGCCAUCAAGCGCCUGGUCAGCCAUCAACUUACGCCUUUUGCACUCAAUCAUGCCUGCGGGGACUUUUGGCGAGGUCAGAGCUUGACGACAAAUGCCCUAAUGUUUAUUUACACCAAAAACAUUCAAAUGAUGGGCGACACCCUAUAUCUUGCCACGAUCUCAUCGAGCUGACCAGCCAACAACUGCACCAGAAUCUGGACACUUGCUCUCCUAUUGGGAGGGAAGGCUUGCAUGGUUCUAUCUUUGCCAUCCAACUGCAAACCUACGGUUACACCCUGGUUGGUAAAGGUACUGAGUACAAUUCACGUCAUGAAGGUGCCAUCUACAGCAGGCUCAAAACCUUGCAGGGAUUUGCCGUUCCAGUCUACCUCGAUGACAUUGACUUGCGGAAUGUAUACUAUACUGAUUCCGGUCGUGAGAUCAUUCAUAUGUCACUUAUGGCAUGGGGUGGACGCACUCUUCAAGAGUCCGAGUGCGCAGGCUUGAAAGAGCAUAUUGAGAACGCCAAGUCCGAGGUCUACAAUUCGGGCGUCUUGCAUUUGGAUUUGCGUGCAUCCAACUUUUUAUGGAACGAAGAGAUGAAACGUGUGAUGCUUAUAGAUUUUAGCCGA